UUGACCGUGUUGGAAGGCUGUACGGUAUUUGUGGAUGUAUGGAUGAGUGACGGGCAGGACACAUCAUCACUUUACAUUGAUAUUGCGAAGAAUAUGGGUGCUCGGGUUGUGAAGAGAAUUGGGCCCCAGUGUACACAUGUUGCGUAUACGUCUGGUCGUGAAAGGACUGUGGAGCAGUAUUUUGCCCUGGACGAGGCAAAACGACCGAAAGCGGUAGGAGCAUCUUGGCUCAGAGACUGCAAACAAGCGGCCGCGCGUUUAGACGAAGAGCCUUACCUGGUCGACCUAGAG